AUGUUGUUACCACGAAAGUCUAGGGUCGGGUCCAGUGGUCAUUCUUACUCCAGUUAUAACAACUCGCCAUGGAACGAAGAUGUUACAUUUUCGAUGUACAGCGUGUAUGGAGGCAGAUCGAACUUCAUCACGCAGCUCGCUUUCGAGUUCCUCACUUUGGGAGUUCUAUUUCUCUUCCUUUUUGGCUGUUUUUUCAUCAGACAGCCUAAGGCGCUGCCCAAGUGUCUGCCUAAGAAGGCUCUUGUCUUCGGGAUUUUGAGCUAUAUCCUCGCCGAGCUCCUUACAAUCCCUUACAUGUUCUUCUAUAUUUGCGAGGUCACAGUGAAGCAGAGCUAUGUUGUCAUGUUAAUGCUCCAAACGAUAUUCUGGCUUCUAGCCAUGUUUCUCAUAUUCUAUGUCUUCUACCGGGUCAUCCAAGCAUAUCUCAACCGAAUUGCGAACGGCGGCAAGGCAAUCUUUCCCGUGUCCAUACUGCACUGGGUUCUCCUAGGUGCUUUGGGAGUUCUCAUGGUGGUCAAUGCUGCCAUGUACAUUGCUCUCCUCGUCAUGGAGGUGAAUGGAAGCAUCCAACGGCAAAUAGUCAGACACUAUAACAAGAUUACUGAGGCUCGCAUCAUCGUCGAAUGGCUGAUGUCUCUGGAGGUUCUCUUGUGGACAACCUACAUCAUUGCGAAAUCGAAAUUUAGCAGCAAGACCGGAUCUAUAACCCUUGCUUUGGGAGGCUUCUUCCUCUUUGUGCUUAACCUCGAGCAGCUGAUCGUGACAAUCAUGUACAAUUUCGAAUCGAAGAUUCCACCGCCGUAUUUGAACAUGGCCGUCUCAAUCGUCUCCUUCUUCUGCACAGUCGGCAUAUAUUUUGGCCUCAUCUUCUGCUGUAUCCAAUGGUGCAAGGCCAGCAAGUUCUAUUCUCAAGAACAUGCUCAAAACGUCCAGCAUGCCCCAUAUGCACAGCACGCUCAGCAUAUUCAGUCUCUCCCUCCUCCUCCCCCUCCAGGUAGUUACGCACCUAUGUCCUCAUAUCAGCCAUAUCAACCGCCGUCACCGCAGCCUCCUAGCCAUCAAGCAUUCUCCGGCUACUCGAGCCCUACGAAUGGCGGCUUGAGCCCCGUGAAUGGUUACUCGAACCCGACGAACAGCAACGGACAAUUUCCUCCAGCAGAGCUCCACAGUGAGAGCGAUACUGGAUCCCACGGGCUCCCAUCUAACCAACAGUACCAACACCAUCCUCACGCAUGA